UAACAUAAUAUUAUCUUUACCUCAACUUUCACUUACGUCUAUUAACUUUACCACUGGAUUGGCUAAGAAAAACAAAUCCGCACGGAAGGACAGUUUUUUUUAAUUGAAUCAUCUUUCUUGCCACAAACACAAUAAUUUUCUCUACCAUCCGGCAUCCUAACCUUUUCUUUAUUUUUUCUUACCAAAAAGUUUAGUGUGUUAAUAACUCUGAUAGAUAUCAUGUCAUCUCACUCAGUCGUUCAAACUUCUUCAUUAUUGUAUCCGAAAUUCAAGUACAGACGAUCAGUCUAUGCAUGCCUUUUGUUGUAGAAAAUGUACUCUCUCUAAAAAAAUUUAAACAAAAAAGACAAAGGCUCAAAGAGUCGACAAACAGACUGGCGGGCGGCGGGGCGGGAAUUCGUGUAUAAUACUUCUUCAGGAUAAGAGAAAAGACACGACAAUAAAGAUUAAGACCCAGUCUAAAAUCCUAGACGCAUUUACUUAAAGUUUUACGUUGCUUUACUGAGGCGCCUCUAACACUCGUCAAGAAAAGUAAAAACAAAAAAGUGAAUCUUUCGUUCUAUGAUCAAUUCACUUAAAACUGCUUGUUGACCUUUAGUAGUAUUACUUGGGUAUCUUGAAAAUGUUUCGAUUAUCAACAUGGUUUGCUUUGCGGCCGACAUCGCCUUACCUUAGCGAGACAAAUGGCGUCAUUUGACGAAUUCCCAAGGGUUUGACGUAACGCUAAUAUUUUAAUUUUAGAAGUAACUUUUGUUUGUUUCUUUUGACACAACUAAUAAGUCACUUACUUCAAUUGAUGCCGGCAGCAUUAUUGCCUAAUUAACUUUGUUUUUCCAAACAGUUAUUCGCUCACAUUCAAGUUUCCCAAAGAGAGCCUCUGUCGAACGUGACAUUAACCCUACUGAUCUGGGGUAUAUUUUUCUCCCAACCUUUUCCAAGACUAAUUUCAGAAACUAGGAUAUACAGGCGAAACGUACCUACAAGAAGAUCAUGCGACAAACAAUGAUCUUGUUAAAGUCUCUCCUUCCGUCUUCAGUAUUUCUUGCUGUGAUGUGCUUGUUACUCCUACAACUGAAUUACAUCAGAGCCGGCCCGAUCUUUAAUGGAAGUGGAAGAAAAAUGUCAGGAGACGAAAUUUUAAAAAAUAUAACAAUUUGUGACUAUGAAAAGGAGGGGUGCGAGCCCAUCCGAACUGAAACUUCACAGACUGCGUCGGCGAGCCCUGUACACGAAGACAGCCCAAAUAGCAUGUCGACAAUGUCUUUAAAGACCUUGCAAGAUUCAAAGGAUUCAACAAAUAUUAUGUAUUUAAUUGGGCAACCUCUGUUUCAUGGUGAUUCCUUUAUGGUUUUACCCAAACUUCCCUUCACGGCACGAAGAUCGUUUGAACUUACCAUCACUUUCAAGGCAAACUCUGAAGAUGGUUUGUUGUUGUUUAGUGGAGGACCAACAAGUAACCAAAAGGAUUUUUUUGCUCUUGUACUCAGAAAAAGAAAAGUCGAAUUGAGGUUCAGCAAUGGUGGUGAUAUAGCAGUAUUACAGACAGCUCAAAAUAUUACCCUCGGCAUCUGGCACAAAGUGGUGGUGUUUCGUGACCGGCGUGAUGGAUAUCUCAUGCUUGAUCAUGGUCUGCUAAUCAGAGGAUCCACCACUCGUAACCAAGAGCAAAUGGAUUUACUCGCACCACUGUACCUUGGGGGUAUACCCGACAACCGGUUAACAAAAGAAAAUAUAUCCUACAGCGCUGGUUUUAAGGGCUGUGUUAAGAGUCUUGUCGUUGAUGGGAAAAGAAUGGAUUUGAGAUUUCCUGGUGGAGAAGUAGUUAGAGCACACAACAUAGAUGAAUGCACCAAUUCUCUGCAAGAAUGUCAAUGUCAAGUCAAGGAUUCUUGCCACUUCUCCGAUACAGGGGAACCUGUAUGCGCAUGUCCGUUAGGCACCGCUGGCAAGCAUUGUGAGCGUGAGAUGUCGUUGCAAAUUCCUUCAUUCACUGGAAAUUCUUACUUGACUUACCCAUCCCUUGGAGAUAUUUCAUCAAAGUCAUUCACAAUAAGACUUGUCUUGAAGCCAAUGUCAGACACUGGGCUUAUCAUGUUGAACGCCGAUCGCACCAGUGGGCAAGGAGACUUCUUUUCGCUGGCUUUAAGAGAAGGAAAUAUAGAAUUCAUGUUUGACUGUGGAUCAGGACCUGCUGUGAUAAGGAGCAAAAACACGAUCAUGGUGGAUCACUGGCACACUAUCACUCUCUGGAGAAAUGGAGCCCAAGGAAGUUUGACUUUGGAUGACGAGGAGCCCGUGUUCGGUAAAUCCCAAGGUCGCCUACGUCACAUACGUUUACGUCAGAAUCUGUUUGUUGGCGGAAUGAAAGGAUACCAACAGCAGCCAUACGAGGUUGGCAUGAAUUGGGGGUUUUCAGGUUGCAUUCAGAAGGUUACAAUCAAUGACGGAGAAAUGGAUCUCACUUCCCCUCUUUCUGGGAUCAAUGUUGAUAACUCUGAUCAUGUGUGCGUCACGCAACCUAUAUGCCUUAAUGGUGGUACCUGUCACGCUGACAUGGAUAACUUUAAAUGUGAAUGUUAUGUUGGGUAUACGGGAAUGUUCUGCGAGAAAGAGCUAACGGUAAAGAUGCCAUCGUUUGCUGGUAGUUCCUACCUCGCCUAUCCCUCUCUUGGUAAAGAAUCAGAGAAGGGAUUUUCCAUUAGCCUGGUUUUGAAAGCAAAGACAGCAACAGGAUUGAUUUUAUUUAGCGGACAACACGACGAAAAGUCGGUGGACUUUGUUUCUUUGGCAUUGAGGGACGGGAGGGUGGAGUAUAUGUUUGACUGUGGUUCUGGUCCAGUCUUAAUACGAAGCCACCUAUCUGUAACUGUUGACCAGUGGCACACCAUUACCUUUUCAAGAAGUGGAAACAAGGGAAAGUUGGUUUUGGAUGAUGGGGUUGCUGUACUUGGGAAAUCCCCAGGCUCUUUUAGCCGUAUCACUUUCCACAAUCAUUUAUUCAUUGGAGGCAUGAAGGACUACUCAAAACAGCCACUAUCCAUUGGAAUGAAAACAGGAUUUGUUGGAUGCAUACAAAAGAUCACGGUGAAUUCAAAGUCUCUUGUCUUGUCUUCACCUCAUUCUGGUGUCAACGUAGUCAACUGUGAUCAUGUGUGUGUCACGCACUACAUGUGCAUGAAUGAAGGGUUAUGUCAUGCGAGUAUGGAAAGUUUUAAGUGUCAGUGUCCUUUUGGUUAUACGGGCAAGAUGUGUGAAGAAGCUGUCUCAAUUGAUGGUUAUGAAUUUGAUGGACAAUCAUUUUUCACGAUUAACAGAAAGAAGGUAACUAAGAGGAUUUCUGGAUUCAACACAAACAUCCGAAUCGAUAUAAAAACGUUAUUAAGAAGAGGAGUAAUAUUCUUUGUCCAUCAG